GGCAGGGGCCUUUGCCGCACCCCCGGGGACCCCCUGGUCUCAUCCCUGAGCUGACACCAGCGUAGUUUCCAGGAGAGCCUGUGAAAAAAUGGGUUAGUUAUGGCUGCUGUGUCCAGCGCCAGCAGUGACCCCACUGAAGGGACAGCAGCACCUGAGGCUGUGAUGUCCCCAAGCAUGUAGCACUUCCCCAGGGAACAUGGACCAGAUGCCUCUCCUGCCCUCCUGGCAUGGGGUAGGGCAGAGUGUUCUGCAUGAAGGUAGCAGGCUGCCAUGUUUGUUUGGCUGGUCGCCACAGAGGGUAGCAGGUCCCCCACUGCAGGUUGGCAGAUUCCUACAACAGGCUGCCAGGUUCCCCAUGGUGGGGGACAGGUCCCCCUGGAAGGUCGCAGGUCCCCACAGCUUUCCCAAACCCCACUGGUGAUGUCGUGCUGCAGUUUGCAGGGAUGUGGUAUGUCACAGCCACGGCUUCCAACUGCUCCAUCUUCCUGAAGAUGAGGGACGGGAUGAAGUCGUCCAUCACCACCGUCAGCUUCACACCAGAGGGGGAUCUGGCCAUGAAGUUGGUCUGGCCCCUGCUGGACAAAUGCCAAAAGUUUGAGCUGCUCUUCCAGCAGAGCGGGCAGGCAGGGCACUACAUGGCAGCACAAGAGAAGAGGGACCUGCUCGUGAUGGAGACAGACUACGGCCACUAUGCCAUCCUGCACGAGGCCCAUCACAGCGAGACAGAGCCCAGCACCGCGCUGCAGCUCCUCAGUGGGUGUUGGAGUGGGGACAGGCACCCACAGCUCCGAGAAGGGAUGGGGGCACCAAUGGGGAUGUGGGGGCUGGGCCCUCCACCACCACCCCGGACCACCUCCAGUACCAAUGUCCAGUACUCAGGGAAUUAAUUUUGGGGUGAAUGAAACCUUUCACCAAAGAUAUCUCUGGUUGGUUGUGGGUUGAACCAGACCUCCUUGCAGUGUGCCAGCCCAGCUGUGGACCCCCAACCCUGCCAGCCACCCCAUAGCACCCCAGGCAGAUGGGUCACUCAUCCCAAGGGGCUUGUGCCCCUUUGCUGCCAGCCCAGGGCACUGUGGGUUGCCUGAUGUCCACUCUGCAUCUUCAUGGCUUCACCUUAGCCCUUGUCUGGGGCCCAAUCACUGCCCUGUGGUAGCUAGACUCCUGGGUGGGGCUGGCUGCCAGGACCCCCCUGCACUCACCAGCCCC